GAAUCAAUGGUAAAAGGACUCCAUGUGGUACAUUGACUGCAGAUAGGAAUCCAUAUAGGAGGCUUUGCCAAAUUGUUAUGAAAGCCAAACUGAGCUCCUUUCCAAACCCAGGUUAACCCAACACCACAGCCCGAGCGCCAGAGAAGGAGACCGACACAUGGUAAGUAUGAGAUGGGAGCUCUCUCUUGCUCUCUCUUAUAUAAUCGUCCGUCCUUACCGUUCACUGUUGUAUUGUAGAUCGAAUGAUGUCUAGAUAACCACAGUGUGUGAUAUUUACUGUUUAUGGACAAACACAGGCAGUUCACGGACCCUUCUUCAGACAGCCACAGGUAGUAACAAUGAUGUGGAUGCUGCUCAUAGUCCUAGGUAUGUGUGGAGGACGUGCCAUGGGCUGGACAUAUCAUUUCUCCACAGAGAUCAUGAACUGGACCAUGGCAAGAGAGUGGUGUCGGAUUAACAACCACACAGACAUGGUAGUCAUCCAAAACCAGGAAGAGAAUAAUUACCUACGCAACGUCUUGCCUGAUAAAACUGGGUCUCCGUAUUACUGGAUCGGAAUCAAGAAGAUCAAUGGAAACUGGACAUGGGUCGGAACUAACGGAACGUGGGUUGGGAAUUAUUCCUGGGCACCCAACGAGCCCAAUAACAAACUGGGUGAGGAGUGUGUUGAGAUGUACGUCAACAAAGGGAACAGCGAGAAUAACGGGAAGUGGAACGAUGAUAAGUGCUCAAAUCUCAAAUACCCGCUAUGCUACAGAGACCAGUGCAGCCAAACAUCAUGCAAGGGACAAGGGAGAUGCUUGGAGACCAUCAACAACUUUACCUGUGUGUGUGAACCUGAGUUUGAGGGACACAGUUGCCAAACAGCUAAGGGAUGUGAGCCCUUAUGUCUACCCGAUGGGUUUGUGAACUGCUCUGCUGUCAACUCCACCUGCCGGUUGAGCUGUGAGAAGGGGAGCCUACUGCUGGGAUCCCCAGAAGUCAGCUGUAGCACGGACAGGGUCUGGACUGGGGUCUGGGGCGAUGACAUCUGGAGCAGGAUCUGGGUCUGGAGCGGACAAAGGCCAAUUUGUGCAAGUUAUCAGCAUGUUCUAAUGGUUGUAGCUGCUGGUUGGAUGCUCUCAAUGUCCUGCUGCAUCUGCUGUUGUUUCAAUCGCAGAAAAAGAAAGAAGCAUGCCCAACUAAGGGAACCAGAGGAGGGUGUGACGUCCUCCAACGAGACAGGGGACAACUGAUGGAACGCUGACACUUCAUUAAUUAUGUCAUAGUCGACCUAUUAUAUCAACAUACUGUGUGGAUUAGUCCUCAUCAAACAUAACAUAAUCGUUAGAAUGAUGUUACUGUAUGUUAUGUGAAUUCUACAAGUUCAACAGCUUUGUGUAAGAAAAGUAAAUAAAACUAUUUUAGCUCUCUUGAUUUUGGGGUUCAGAGUGUAUAUGGGGUAAAUCAGUGUACGUGGGAACAAAAUCCUUUUUCUUCACACUUCGAGCACUGGGCGUGAGUGUGUAUGCGUUCCUAUAAAUUGCAAAGGAAGUCACAAUAAAAAAAGAUAUGUUCUUAACCUUUUACUGCAGUGGGCUAAAUCAGGGUGACACAGAGUGUUUCUUGGUAGUCUUAAACAAAUCUACUUUGAAACUAAAGUAUACUCCUCACACACGGGUA